UGACUGAACUGACUGGGUCAUCUCAUCCCCAUUUUGCUCCUACUCACCCAAAGUCCCAAAGGCAAGGCUCCGGCGACGAUGAGCGGCGGCGGCAGCCUGAGCGGGCCGGACUCCCGGGUGGAGACCAUCUCCCGCCUCGCGCAGUGGCGCAUCGACACCUUCGGCCCCUGCUCCUACCGCCGCUCCGACCCUUUCAAGCUCGGCAUCUGGAACUGGUACCUGUCGGUGGAGAAGAGCCGGUCCGUGUACGUGCGGCUCUUCCCGGAGCCCGGCCGGCUGGCCAAGGAGCAGCCGCCGUUCGCCCGCUUUCUGCUCCGUGUCUCCUGGGCCGGACCGCCCCGCCGCUCCAGCGUCUCCCCAGUUAUCGAGCAGCUUCUCCGAAGCAGCGAUGAUUUUGUGUGGCAAGUCGAUGCGAUGUCCCAUGGGCGCUUUACGAUCGAUGUUGAGUUCUUGGACCUGAGGAUAGCCACCAACAAUGGUACUGAAUCAUCUUCAUCAAUCUGGCCAAAUGAAGGCAUGGUACAGAAAGUUGCUAGCAAGAGCACUCUCGGAUCCCUCUCCCGCAUGCUCACAGAGUCCAUUCAUGCCGACGUUACCAUAAACACGACCGAUGGUGUCCUAAAGGCGCACAAAUCGGUGCUUGCGGCGUGUUCCCCCGUGUUCGAGAGCAUGUUCCUGCACGACCUCAAGGAGAAGGAGUCAUCAACGAUCGACAUCAGCGACAUGACUGUGGAGUCGUGCUCGGCGCUCCUGGGUUUCGUGUACGGGACGAUCGAUCAGGAGCAGUUCUGGAAGCACCGGGUGUCGCUGCUAGGCGCGGCGAAUAAGUACGGCAUUGCGGAGGUCAAGGCCUGCUGCGAGGAGAGCCUUCUGGAGGACAUAUGCUCGGCCAACGUGCUGGAGAGGCUCCACGUGGCGUGGCUGUACCAGCUGGAGAAGCUGAAGAAGGGGUGCCUGGCUUACCUGUUUGUGUUCGGCAAGAUCUAUGACGUGAGGGACGAGAUCGACGGGUUCUUCCACCACGCGGACCGCGAGCUGAUGCUGGAGAUGUUCCAGGAGGUGCUCAGUGUGUGGAAGCCGAUCUGAGCUCUCAUCAAGCCAGAGAAAAGGUUCUGCCUGGUGGUCAGGCAUGCUUGCCCUAGCUGAAGCUACUGCAGCUAGUUUGCUGUAUAUGUAAUGUAAUGUGCUGCUCGUAUAGAGAGGAAGCUGAUCUGGGCAGGUUGUGUGUAAAAAUUUGUGAGGAACUUGCAGCAGUAAGCCAGUAACAGUACUUUGCUUGUCCAGCAUGGAGUCCUAAAUCCUGCUGUAUAUGUAUUCUAGAUGUGAAACAAAAAAAAAACUACAGCAUAUAUUUAAAGAAAAUGUCCUUGGAUCA